UAUUAUAAACGCCAAUAGAAUCAUCAACAUUUUCGCUAGAAGCUCGGCAACCUGGCAGUACAAUUUCAUUCGCUUGUUUUUUGCAUUAGAAUGUAAUAUGCCAAUUUUUACCCUAAUUUUUUUAGUGAAAUGAGUUAAUCUCGUGUUAUAUAACGAUCUGGGUUCGUUUAUAUCCAACUUUUUCAAUUGAAACCUGGACACAAAUACUUCGGACUAUUUUUUCGCAAAAUUUAUUAUAAGCUAGGGUAGUCACCACUACAUAGCAAAAGUAUCUGUCAAUUUAGUCAAAUUCUAUCUUCUUUGCAUUGGAUUUGACGGGAGAAGUUUGCCGAGCGGAGACUGAAAAUUUAAGCUAUUCAACUUGGAAAGUCGGUUGCAAGCAGGGUGAGGAAACGUAUACAAGAUGACCGCUCCGUGUGAUUCAACAAAGGGGACAUGCACAACCUUCUCUGAGGAGGAGUUCGGAAAAAGGAUGGAUAGGUGCUUAACUGAUGUUCUCAUGAAGACUUCUGGUGGAUUAGUUAUGGGUACCAUUAUAUCAUUGUUAAUUUUUCGACAAAGAAAAUGGCCAAUAAUUCUUGGAGGUGGUGUUGGUGCCGGAGUAGCAUUUAGUACGUGUGAACAUCGAUUAAAUGCUGCUGCAGCUGCUGAUACAGAAAACAAGCAAGAAACAUAUUUUUAAAUAUUGAGAACAUUAGGAAAAGAUGUGAUGUCAAGCAAGAAUUAAAAUGUUUAAAGAAGAUGUUAAUCUCGCGGAAAUUCACAGUAUGGAUCGCGAUAUCAGGGACCAGGAGGAAAUUGUUUUCUUCGCAGGAAAUUUGCAUUUAUGUUUGUUUCAUUUAUUUCUCUUAGUUUUUAUCUCAAUGAUAAAUUCGUAUAGUCAGUUUGAUAAUCGUUUGAAAUAAAAGUGUCCAAAAUGUCA